CAUUGAGCGAGCAGUGUGUUCAGUUCGCUCUCUGAGUUUGUAUUGAGAAAUAGGACUGCUCUCACAGAUGCACUUAAUCAGUUUGGAUGAACAAUUCAACCGGUGGAAUACAUGGAUUUGAUAUAAAAAAGAAUGGCUGAUUGAAUUGAAUCAUUUAGAUCUAUUGAUAUGCUUUAUUGAUCUGAGAAUAACAUUACCGGGAUAGAUGAGACGGAGCAAUAUAACCACAAAUCGUCUUCUAUUUUCGUUUAACUACUUAGCCAAACUACGUAGACCUUACCAGAUAAAAUGUUCAAUGUGGAUGUACUGUGAUGACAAAACAAAGGAUUUACUCGCUCUAUAAAUGAAAACAUAAAAGACGGCAGAUUUCAUAAGGAAUGCAAGUAUUGUAUGAGGUACGGUUCUCUCGCCUCGGCUUAAUUUAGUCACAGCUGCAUUUGAAAUGUCAUGUAGUUUCUCAGGUGUGGCUUGUUGUGCUUGUUGCAGACUAGAUCACCUCAUCCAUCGGCUUGAGUAAUGCACAAUUAAUAGAGCUACGUGACUAAGGAUUAAAAGGGGAAUAUCUAGAUCUAGAAACGCAUACGCAAGUACUCUAACACAAACGGAAACAUUUUCUUGCUUUUGAUGGAUAUCAUGCUUUCAUUAUACGAAUUGGCAAACAAAGAAUUAAUGCAUUCAUUGUAUCAAUAUUAGAAUGUUAUGGUUUUGCUUUUUUAGCAAAUAACGUAAUUGAAUGGAUUAAUAACGAUUUGUACUUAGACCAAUUGUUAUAUACCAUUCGAUAACCGCAAACUCAUUAAGCGAUACUCAAUGUUUAGACGACUGUAGACGUCGUAUCGUGGACAGAAUGCUUCAAUGAAAUAUAUAUGUACAAAUGGUAUGAUAUGAAAAUUUAGGAUAACAUUACAAUUAUACACAACUCUAAAAUAUGGGUUGCCAACAAACUAAAACUAAAGUAAUCGAACCGGGGACAAAACAAAAUGGUGCUCAAAAUGGGGGAGGAGAUUUGAACGAACCAGCAGCCCCUCCACCUACCGACGACAGGCUCCCUUUGAACGCUAGGCAAAUCUUUAGGCUCCAAAAGUCAUGGAAGGCCAUCAAACGCAACAUGGAAGACACGGGCGUAGAAAUGUUUAUACAAUUAUUCAAGAACAAGGCGUUUCUUCUGGAUAUGUUCAAAAACUUUAAGGACCUAAAAGACUUUGAUGAAAUGCGUCAAGAUGAGUCGCUCGCCAGGCAUGCAGUCUACGUGAUGGGAAUAGUGGAUGAUGCAAUCACGAAACUACAUGACUUCGAUUAUGUUGCAGAGCUCAUUACUAACACUGCUGUAUCUCACGCAAGAUUCCUCAACUUCAAGGCAGAAUAUUUCUGGUACUUAGAAGGCCCAUUCCUCAAGGCAGUAAGCUAUACCCUUCAGGACAGAUACACGGAUCAAAUAGCUGAAAUAUACACUAUAGCUCUCAAAUUUAUAUUACAAGUUUGCGUUGACUCCUACAUUGCUGCAGUUCCCGCAGCAACAACAGACGAUACAACUAUUGACAUGAAUAAUCAAAUGGAUGAGUUAAACAAUAUAGAAGAACAAACGAUAGUAGCAGUAUCAUGAGAUAUGUUUAAUAAUGUAUAUAAAGGAAACACAUAUGGAAUUUUAGAUAUGUACGUGUAGCAUUGUUUUCAUGAAGAUGAAGGGAUGGUAAAGAGGAAAUAGUGAUACAUACCGUAAAUGUGGAUUAGUGUCACGUUGCCAUGCGUUGCUGCAGCACACCAUGGUAUAAUUGAUCAUGAUAGAAAGUGCCUCGGAGUGAAUGUAAAAUUUGAUUACAUUGGAUUAUUACGUUUCACUAAAUUCCCAUCGGUUAUCUAAUUUGUGUUAGAAAUGGAAACAUUGAGGCUGAAACGUACAAACAAGGCCUACAAAGGGAAGAUGUAAUACACUGCAUUGGUAUAAAGAGACAUACAUUCAAUCGUACAUACUGAGAUUUUUAUUAGACCUGAAUUACUAGAAUAGUAAGCGUGUGAUAAAUAGUAUGAAAAUCGAGUCAGAUCAAACGCUUCUCUUGAAUCAGGUUUACACGUUUAUUAAUGUGUAGGUAUCGUUUUUUAG